CGAAUAUUGUCCACCUCUACGAAGCAGUGAAGAAAAUUAUAGCGUGGUUUUUUCGGUUGAAAAACAAGUAAAAGUGCAACAAACAGUGAAAAAAACAAGGUGCAACCAACUCAGCCGUGCAUGCCCAGUCAUCAGCGAUCCGCGAGUCCAGCGAAGCGAUUUCUUGAUUUCCCCAGCCUGAAAGUGUCACCGCCAAGACGUACGUGCGAAAAAUGUUUUGGGACAAGGGUUAUGCGCCCUCCGCGAAUAUAGAGGCGCUUCUGGAGAAGGAGAACUCCACACUGGAGGAGUUUCUGGACGAGGAGGACAUUCUGCAGGAGUGCAAAACGCAAAAGAAGAACCUGGUCAACUAUUUUACACGUCCCGAUGUCAUCAGGCGGCUGGUGGAGCUGAUCACAACCGAGCCUUCUGAAGAUGUACCCAUGUCGCAGCGUUUCCGCUAUGCCAACAUGUCAUGUGAGAUACUCACACUUGGCCUGCCGUCCCUGGAUGAGAAGCUACUGACCGACGCGGACACGCUACAGCUGCUGUAUUCAUAUCUGGAAAAGGAACCACCGUUAAAUCCAUUGCUAUCGUCGUUUUUCAGUAAAACGUUUAGCAUGCUCUUUACCAAAAAGCCUGAACAAGAUUGGUUUUUGUAUCAACACAUGUGCCUACAACUCCUGGAGUAUAUUAAAACGCAGAAGACCUUUUUGGAUUUCAUUUGUAAACACUUUGACACACCGGUCAUACCUGAUCUAAUAAUGCAGAUGAUGAAGGACAUCGAAGGUGGUCAACUCAAGCGGAACCUUUUCGAAUGGCUUACUGAAGAUAAAAUUGUUGAGAGACUGAUUGCAAUAUUGCGUAAUCCUCAAGAAACCGACAAACAUGCAAAUGUUGCCGACUUUUUCUGUGAUCUUAUUAACCAAGGGCGCUUGAUGCGCCAAACCGAGCAGGAGAACGAUUCGUUUGAGCCGGCCUUCGAUGGCUCCAACCCCAUACUGAAGACGAUUGAAUCUGCGGACACAAUUGAAGCCUUGUUAAAUGUGAUUUUGGAACCAAACGCUCAGGAGAGCGCCAUCUUAUCAGGAAUAUCGGUUGUACUUACGCUUAUCAAGCCAAUUACCUUCACAGAUGAGCCCAACUCGGAUCGCCAGCGGCUGUUGCAGAAGCGCGAGCGUGAAUUUCACCAGGAAGUUCAGGAGACUGUGAUCAACGUGAUGGCGCCUCGCCUCCAGGAAUUUGUCCACAUACUAAAAAACCCGCCUGCGAAACCCACGCUGGAAACAACGGCCGCCGUGUUGACGCCCCUUGGCAAGACUCGACUGCAAGUGUGCCGCGUGUUUACCGCGUUGCUGGAAACCAAGCACGAGACCAUUCAGCAGGCGAUCUGCGGGACUGAGUAUUUUAGCCUGCUUCUGGAUUUCUUUAAGCAGUAUUGCUGGAACAACUUUUUGCACACUGAAACGGAGAAAGCUCUCUACGUGGUAUUUUACAACGAGUUGUCCAACAACAACACGGCAUCCACUGAGGUCACGGACUUCUUUGCCGCCGACUGCCUAAUCAAUGCCUUUCUGAAAGUCGGCACCGAGGAGUCCGAAGUGGAGAUGAAGAACGCUUUGAACGACGCCAAGCGAGCGGAGGGUGGCAAGGAGGAGGAGAUGGGCGACAUCGAAAUCGAGGUGGCCGCUGCACAAGAAGCAGCUGCCCAAGCGCAGGAUGAGACAGCCGCCGAAGGGAAGCAGGAGCAAUCGACAGCCCAAGUGGAAGUCGCAGCCGAAGCAACUCCAUCGGAAGGAGCAGAUCCUAAAGUCCAGGAAAACCACGUGGAGAACAGCGAGGUGGAUGGUGAGUCCCCAGCAGUUAAGCAGGAAACGGAGCCAACGCUUAAUGAUCUCGACAAGACCAAGACCGUCCCCAGUGCUCCGCCAUCCGAAAUGCAAACUCAUUUAAUUAUAAACUGUCACUUGGUGUCCAAACUGGUUGAUUUUUGGCAGCACAAUGCGCAGGCGCAAUCUGCUGAAAAGGGUCGCCGUCUGGGCUACAUGGGCCACCUUAUUAAAAUUUUGCGCCACAUUACAAAUUGUAUAUCAGAAUCGGAACAUAUCGCUGACCUGAUCACCUCCAGCUUAAGUGACGAAGCCGAGCUAAAGUUUUGGCAAUCCCUGAUCGAGUCGGAAACCGGUGAAUUUUCGCUGGCGGUUAAACAGCAGACCAAGCUGCUGGCCAACUGCAAUCCGCAUGAGGAGCACGAGUACAAUGUGGGCUCCAAGGAUUAUCUGGGCGAGACAAAUGCCUGGGACAUCGGAACCCUGUCGUACAGCAAUAUGGGUUACAGUGAUCUGGACAACACGUUGCAAGACAUUGUCUUUACCAUGGACAACGAUCAAAACCUGUUUCAGUUUGGUCGAAACAUUGACGACGAGGAUGAUGACGAUGAUGAGCAUGGCGAUCAUUCGGGCGGUGGCGAUGGUCAUGGCCACGGAAUGUUCACCAAAAAUUCAAUAACGCUAAACAACUUGGCGGAUCCUUGGGACAUGGACGUCCAGUUCUCCGACAUUCCCAGCGUGUCUGCGCAGGUUAACACGGGCACUGCUAACUGGGGCACCGAUUUCAAUGCCGACAACUUUGCCGACUUCGAUGCCCAUUUCAGUACCUUCGGCAGUGACCUGGGUAUGCCUACAAGUGCACCGCCCGGCGACGAGGAGGAGGAGGACUCGCCUCCCGCCCUGCCAUCUGGCAACGAAGUGGAGCCAAAUGAGGAGCGUCCGUCAUCUGAAUCUGUUGAGCCCGAAGCGAUCAAAAGUGGCCAGGAUAAUCUAGCACACAGUGACGAUCAGCAGGCUGAAUACGACAAUAAUGCCAACGUGGAGAAGGCUAUAAGCGACAAGCUGGCCGAAUCGAGCGUUGUCGAGACUGCGUCAAUUGUUACCCGGCUACAAUCUGUGCUGCUAGACGGCGAGGAAGACUAUGAGGACGACGAGGGCAUGUGGACCAAGCCUCUGGGUGGAGACCGUCCUGCGGAAACCGAGACCACUCCCAUUUCAAAUGGACCAACCAGCAAAAUUCAUGAAUUCAAUCAUGCCAACGAUAACAGCAGCAACAACAUGGAUGGCCACGAAGCCAACAUCACAGCGGAGCAGCAAAAAUUGGCCGCUGGCGCCAAGACGAACAAUGUAGAAAUUGCAACUACGACCACAUAAAUGCAUCUUCACCACACAACACAUCAUCCAACCGCAAUUGUAUAGCAUAUAAUGUGUCGACGACAAUUUGUAAAAAUGCCCUUGAUUUGCUCUUUGGUCAUUCUUAAACAUAAUCAUGCAUACAUAUUUAUAUAAAUAUAUACCACAUACUACUACUAUACGUACAUAUAUAACAGGCUGCAUAGUACAACAAACGAUUUGUGUAUUAGCUAAAGGCCGAAGCCCGCCCCAAACCAAAAUGAAAAUUAAGAAAAAACGACAAAAAAAAUGUUUAAAGUAAAAGUAUGUUGUUGAUUCCUUCUGCUCCUCGCUCGUAUUGCCAAUUAUUUUUAUUAUUAUUCUUCCUCCAUGUUUCCUAAUUAAGUGAACUGUAUUUUGUUUGUAAUUUGUAUUAGCCUGUCGUUUUAGUACGCUUUUAAUUUCAAUACUCUCAAUGUGUUAGGCAACCUAUGAGCAUUACUUAAAGUACCAAAAUUCACGCAACGUCUUAGAAUGCUUAGUUUAUAUUCGUAUUUUACUUGUUUUAGAUCGGUCAGAUGAGCAUUAUCUACCUAUUAACAUGGUAUACAUAUAUUAACACACAACUUUGGGGGUUGUCCCUAUAGUAAGUUAUCUCAUUUUGCCUACUGUUAUUCUCCUUUUGGGGAAUCGCCCCAAAUAAUGAAGGCGUUAUAUGGACAACCCCACACUUAUACUUGUAUUGUUAAAUUGGAGACUUGUAUUUAUUGUAUGUAUUUUGAAAACGUAAGCAAAAGCAAUGCCAAAAUACCAACACGUUCAACACCACAUACCCCCAUGCUGCAAGCACAAAAGUACGCAUUAUGUAUUAGAAAGGUAUAUUAUAUACUUAUGUCUUUUGCCAUUAUUACCUUGUUUGUAUACAAAUCGGUUUAACCAAAAAAUAUUCUUUGUCGAAAGUACAAAACACUGAAAAAACCACAAAAGAAGAAGAAGGAUAAUAAACAAAAGCAUUAAUUGUAACAUAACGAAAGGACGACAGCCAGCAUUUGUCACCACAUGAAUGACUUACACCCCCGAUCUACACACCACUAUCUAACACUAUGACUAUAUAUGAUUACAAGAACCAAACGAACCGAGAAAUUCAAAAGAAGACUUUCCAAGAAGACAUUUUAAAUUUACAUUUAUAUAUUUUGUGUAUUGUUUUAUUCGCUCUGUUCAAGUUGUAGCUGAAUAAUGUUUGUGUUUUAAACGUGCAGAUAACCACGGAUGAAACACUAAAAAAUAUUGAAAAGAAGUUAAACAAAUAUGCCAUCUUUUGCUUCCAAAUAAUUACGUUUUAAUUAUGAUUAAAAUAAAACAGAAACUACUUUAAAAGUGAAAUCGAUGUUUGUUUUACACGAGACGACUUGCUCACCAAAAACAAAAACAAACAAAAAUCUAGAAAUGUAUAAUAUAUUUUAAGACGCUGGAGAGAAAAAGCGGGCAGCAUAUCAGGCAAGGAUGUGUGGAAAAUACAAAAUAACCGAUUCCCCUCCCCACACAUCGUAAGCAAAAGCAAAGAAUCCUUGCUUGCUGUUUAAUUAAAAAAAAAAAAGAUUAUUUAUAGGACACAAUUUUGCACAAAUGUCAACUCGCUUGCUCUUUUAUUUUGCAUUCUGUAGCAACACAAAAUAUAAACGAACAACCAAGAAAUUUGAUUAAACGAAACUGCAGAAAAAAGAAAUUAAAAAAAUAUUGAAACGUUUAAACUAUCUCUGAUGAAAAACUGUGAUAAUUAAAUGAAGUUGCAGGGUAUUUGAUAAAGCAAACUUAAUUUAAACAAAUUGUAAAACAUCAACUAAUGGCCUCAACCAUUCGGGAAAUACAAAACACAGCCAACACGAGACACUCUGAACAAGUUAAUUAUACGAUUCUUUAGCAUCACAAUCAGCAGGACACCUCGACAACCAAACAGCAAUAACUACUGCAAUGAAAUCUAAUUGAAGGAGUUUUAAUGUGUAGUCUGUAACAGUGCGAAAGUAUCUCUAAGUUCGAGUUAGUAGGGAUAGUCAAGAAUCGCAGAUCUUAGUUCUCUAGCUUUUCACAAACAAAGCACUAAAGUAAAUUAAAACUUUAAUACUCAUAUCAAGCAGCCAAUUGUAAACCUUGCACUGUACAUACAAUUGUCCCCAGUAUUGUCUUCCCCUCUAGUUAUGUGUUUUUUCUUUUCUACCAACUAACUUAGUAUCCAAAAUAUCCAACGAUAAGCGACAAUGAUCGAGUCCUUCCCUUGUGCAUAUGCCUUACUAAAAAAUAAAAAACCAAAAAAAAAAAAAAAAAAAAAUGACAAAUUAUUACUCCCAUAGAAAACUGAAUAGAGAGUGUAGGAUCCGUAAUCCUAGAAUUAGUUUCACCUAUAUACUGUGUGUCUUUUAAAUAUUAAGCAGCUGCAGCAAGCUUAAUAUAUACAUAUAUACGAGUACUAAUAAAAACCAAAAUUGAAUCGUAAUUAUAAUACCUAAAAUGAUGUAGACAAAGUCUUGUGGGCAGCUUUAAGCAUUUUGUUUGUCUAAUUAUACGAACUUGAAUAAGAAUACCAAACGUCCAAAGUUUUUUGCAAACAAGAACUAAGAACAAUUGUGAACAAGAAAGUCUUCAGAAAUGUGUUGAUCGCCUCAAUGCGAAGCAGAUAAAGAAGUAUACACUCAUAAGUACGUGCAUGCCUAUAUACAGAGAUACAUUUAAUUACCGAUUGAUUGAUUGAUUGAUUAAUCCGCAUCUCGGUGGAAUGAAGUUCUAUAAUAUUUUGUGACGUGCAUUAGAUGUUAAGUAAGGUUGUAAUUUUCGUGGCGCAAUUAAUUGAGACAAAACUAAAGCGGGAUUUAUGACGGAGAGAAAAAUGCUAUUUUUUAAGCGUAGUAACGUACAUUAUUUUUGUCUGUGUGUGUUCAGCAAUUCAGUAUUUCAAUUAAGCCAAUUCAGUGAAUACCCCAAAACAAUGCUACAAUGGUUUCCAACUGCAAACCACAAGAAAGGAACAUAGAAAUGAAGAAUACAUUAAAACCAAUCGAAGGUCUAAUUCUCUAACUCUUUAAUAAAGAACCAGCGGGAACAACAACGAGGAAGAAGCAACUGUAAUACAACAAAAAAAAAGAAAUAAAUAACUUUAACUUCAUACAGUAAAUAUAUAUUUGAAUAUAGAAAAACCAAAAAAAAAAAAGAAUGUGAAAAACAAAAACUAAAUAAAAUUGUUAACAUAAUGGAUAUUUUGUUAAAUGCGAAACUUUGAACGAAUACUAACCACAUUAGCAAAUAGUUAAUGAAAACCGAACCCAAGUGUGCUUCAUGUAUGAAUUUAUGUUAGAUAUUUACAACAAUACGCGUAUACAUAUUCCUAAAAAAAACCGAGCGAAAAAAAUGCCACAUACAGAAUUUGCAUAUUACUCUUAACGAUUAACAACUAUUGGUGUCUAUGCAUAUACACAUAAAUAUUAACGAACUAUACUAUAUAUUACCUUCGUAAAUGUAAGCCGAGUACAGACUUUUGAAAACUGCGAAACGUAUCGUCAAAUAUCCGAAACAGACAUAUUUGUCCAACUUGCAAUAGAGCAUAUAUAUAAAUACGUUAAGUGCUCAAGGUGAUAGCUGCACUCUAGGGUGGACCUUAGUUUUCUUUAUAGUUUUAGUGCUUGUUAAUGGUUUCAACGUAGAUCGCUUAUACGCAGUGUUGUAGAACCACUUGAACUACUGGUCUACCUGGCGUAUGAGUAAUAUUUUAAAACGUUUGCUAUGCUUUAUAGAUUAGUUUAUAUAUUAAUAAUUAAACUAUCAUCUCUGAAUUAUUAACACCUUUUGUCACAGAAGUAAUAUACAUUUUUACACAU